AUGACCAAGUGGGAACAUACAAUUCGACUAUUUGAAGGACAAAAUUUUGAAUCAAUCCGUUUACAUUGUCGUCAAGAAGGAAAACUUUUUGAAGAUCCAAAUUUUCCAGCAAAUCCAGAAUCUUUAUCUCAUAAUUAUAAAAAAUUAAUUCCUAAUUGGCAUGAAAUUGCUUGGCGGCGUCCGUAUGAAAUUGUUGAAGAUCCUCAAUUGAUUGUCAAUGGAAUAAAACGUACAGAUCCAAAUCAAGGUGACUUAGCUGGUAUAUUUCACUUUCGUUUUUGGCGUUAUCAACAAUGGUAUGAUAUUGUUAUUGAUGAUCGUUUACCGUUUUUAAUAAAACAACGUCGAUUGUGGGGUGCAAGAAAUUUAUUCGAGCUCAAUGAAUUUUGGGUGUCAUUACUUGAAAAAGCUUACGCAAAAUUAAAUGGAAAUUAUACAAAUUUAGGCGGUGGUUUACCCGUCAACGCUUUAACAGAUUUUACUGGUGGCAUUGAACAACGCUUUGAAUUUAAAUCAAAUCUAUCUGUAACACAUCUACGUCCCGAUGAUUUAUUUGAUUUUAUUAAAUCAUGUAUUGAUUAUGGAUCACUCAUAGCAUGUUCAAUUAAUGCUGAUAAACGUAAAGCAGAAACUAUUUUAUCAAAUGGCCUUGUUAUUGGUCAUACAUACUCAAUAACUAACUAUCAUGUACUACCAGUAACAUACGAUAAUAAAUUAUCAAAAUUAAGUGAUCGUGGUUUAAUUCGUUUUCGAAAUCCAUGGGGGAAUGAUAUAGAAUGGAAUGGAAAAUGGUCUGAUGCUGAUCCAGUUUGGAAUUUACUUGAUGAGAAAACACGACGAAGAUUAAGUAUACAGAGAAAACAUGAUGGUGAAUUUUGGAUGUCAUUUAAUGAUUUCUAUAAAGAAUUUGAUGUUAUGGAAGUUUGUCAUAUCAGUCCCGAUACGUAUGAUGAAUUUGGAUUAAAUACUCAAGACUAUAAACAUCAUUGGCGUAUGUGGUAUGUACUUGGAUCAUGGCGUGCUGGUGAAAAUAGCGGUGGUUCAUGUGCAACUUCUGGUUGUCGUCAUGGUUGCUAUUAUUGGCGUAAUCCACAAUUCGUCAUUGAAUUAACAUUGAAUCGUUCAUUUAAUUCCAAUAGAUUAUGUAUGAUGAUAAUUGCAUUGAUGCAAAAGCCAAUAUCAAAUAGUUCAAAUUCAAUAUCAAAUGAACAAUAUGUACAAAUUCGUCUUUUUAAAAUCAAACCCAAUGUUAAAAUUUGCGAAAAAAAGGUCUAUAAACCCGAUGAAGUUGAACGUAUUGCAUCAACCGGACCGUAUGUCAAUCGACGUGAAGUUUCACUAUUAUUGAAAACAACGACAGGUGCAUAUUUAAUUAUUCCUAGCAUGGCCGAUGUUGAUCAAAAUUGUGAUUUUUUACUGCGAAUUUUUUCUCAAGAUACAACACUCGGUCGAACUUUUGUUAAUAUAUUUGCAAAUGAACAUUCUGAAGAUUUCUCACGCCGAAAUCUAAAUCCACAAUAUACUAUAUCAGAACAAUCACCUAUAAACAUACUUUUUGAUGCAACACAUUCACAAGAAAAUUUUCCGCCUUCAAAUCUCGAUGAAAAACGUAUUGAUGUCAUUCCAAUUCGAUCACACCGAUACGCGAAUAAAUAA